UUUCACCACAUAGCAGACUGCUAUUGUGUACCAACUUAAAAUUUCAAAAAUGAAAGAAAUUACCAUUUGUGCCAUCUGGCGAGUUCUGGUGAAGUAACUUAUGUUCUUGGAAAGAAAUUUCAAUAUGGUUGACCGGCAAAAGUGAUUGUAAACAAGAAUAAGACUGAAUAGAUUAUUAUUGAAAUGUCACAAAAACAUUAUUCCGUUGAUGACAAACUAAUACUAAUUGAUUUGGUAAAGCAACAUUCAAAAGUGGUGGAGAAUAAGAGAACUGAUGCAGUCGGAAAUCUCGAAAAAGAUGAAGCAUGGAGUGUCAUAACGGAGACAUUCAACAAGAAAGUUGUAUUCAAACGAAAUACUGCAUCCUUGCGAAACUGCUGGCAGCAUAUAAAACAAUGUGCUCGAAAAAAUGCAGCACAAUCUAAGCAACAAACACGUGCUACAGGUGGAGGUGUUAAUACAGGUCAAAUGAGUGUAAUUGAUAUGGCAGCAUUGGAAAUAAUUCAUCCAUUCUCUGUAGAAGGCCUACAGAAUAUAUUCGAUAGUGAUGCUGAAAAUGAAUGUCCUAACAAAGUAGUGUUUGAUCAUUUACUUCAAACAAAAAAAAUAGAAAAAUGGAACAAAUGGGACCCGAAGAAGUUAAAAGCAUCAUUGAGUGCUCCUUUACGUAAUGCCGUCAGUAAUGUUUCACAGCCAAUUCCUAGUACAUCCACGGGCAUUACUAAUGCAUCAAGACAAAAGUGGUCUGCAACCGAAUUAACGUCUCUUAAAGUAGAAGCUUUUCAAUUACUUAAAAAAAGUUUAACUGAAAACCAAGCAUUAGAAAAAGAAUAUCUAAAAACAAAGUUAGCGCGAGAAAAUCUCGAACUGGAAAUUCUAAAAGCUAAAUGUUUUGGUUUGAAUAAAAUGAAAAAGAACAAUAUUUUCUACUUAAAAUAG